GUUUGUUUCGAAGUACGGACGGAUAGUGUGACAAUUUAAAAGUAGUCUAGUACAGCUAAGUAGCUGCCUUUCAAUUGUCAUCACAGUAAACCGGCCAACUCAGUUAGAGUAACGUAUGGGAAAAGGUCAGGGGAGUUCCCGGCGACGCCGCGGCCAGGGGACACCGGCUUCGAAGUCAUCGGAAAUGGGGCAGCGGCCGCCGCCACACUUUUUCAAAGUUAUUUUGCCCCUUCGCACCACCUUGAUGAUCCCAAAAGAGUUUAUAAGAAAACACGGGAAGAAUCUGCCAAAGGUGGGAUCUUUUGAGGUUCCAACUGGGGAAAUCUGGGAAAUCGAUCUGGUUCAUUCUCAGGGUCAUGUUUUUUUAGCCAAGGGAUGGAAAGAGUUCGCUGAGAAUUACUCAAUUGGAGAUGGUCACUUUCUGGUAUUCAGAUAUGACCGGAAAUCCCAUUUUUCUGUCAUCAUAUUCGACAAGAGUGCUUCUGAAAUAGAAUACCCGCUUCCCAAAUCUCAAGAUGAUGAGAUCCUCGAAGAAGUAGAAGCAGAAGGUGGACCAAACAAGCGUAGGAGGAAAGAAAAAUUUGGGUCCAGAUGCAAAAUGAAGCUUGAGAAGUCACUCAAAAGUGGAGGCUCUCCUUCUCUGAAUCCUAAAACCAAGAGCUCGAAAACAUAUCUGCAACAAUCUUAUACGGAGGGAACAAGAAAGUCAAAGAAGGUAACAAAUGCAGCUUAUCAAAGGGCAAAAUCGUUCAAAUCACAGAAUCCCUUUCAUAUCGCUCUCAUGUAUCAGUCCUACGUUUCCAGCCCAUAUACACUGACCAUUCCGUUGCGGUUUGCUGAGAAACAGUUCAGUAGGAAGAGGAAUGACGUGGUGCUAGUUUGGGGUGGGAAAUCAUGGCCGGCGAAAUGCGUCUUCUGUAAAUUACAAAAAGUCAACAUCAAUGGGUGGAAGCGAUUCGCAGUGGACAACCACUUGGAAGUGGGUGACGUUUGCAUCUUAGAGGUGGUGAGAGGCCACCACAGCAGAAGCCCAUUAAUCAUCGAUGUCACCAUAUUUCGUUUCAGGACGACCUCCUAGCCCUACCCCGAUAUGGUGUCCCUUCUGCAUGGUUGCUGCACUUUUUAAUUUCUCUUCUUCUGCUACUCUUUUGUUCAAGUUUUUUGUUGCUUAUGAAUGAUAACGACUGUUUUAUGUGUUUUCUAGGUUUUUGUAGUGACCUGUUCCUUAACAUUGCUAGUCAUUUGGCAGGACGUUGUGUAGUUUAAAUUUGGAUUUUUAAUUAACACUUCAACACCUAGAAAUAGGUUAACUAUUAUCAAUCGAGUAUCUCAUUGAUGAAAGCCAUUCAUAUA